AUGACUAUUCACAGCAAACUAGCACUUGGUGUGGCUAUUCUGGCCUUUCUGGAACCAAUUGAUGCUCACAAGUCUUUGGUUGAGAGACCGAACCUUCAAUGGGGACCGAAGACGCCAGGACAUGCAUUUCCUCAUUCUCCAAAACGCCACAAGACAUGUUAUGUCGCGAGCUGUAAUGGCAACGACGCACCUGCGAUUCUCAAAGCUUUCAAGAGGUGUAACAAGGGCGGCACUGUGGUGUUGAACGAGGAGUAUACUAUUGGCUCUCCGCUUGAUCUCACAUUCCUUGAAGCUGUGGACGUAGCUAUCACCGGCACCAUCAAAUUCACAAACGACAUUGACUUCUGGGUGAAGAACUCGUUCAAGUACGACUUCCAGAACUCGUCUGCCUUCUGGCGCUUUGGAGGGAGAGAUGUCAAUAUCUACGGUGGGGGACUGGGCUUGAUUGAUGGAAACGGUCAAGCCUGGUAUGAUCAAUUUGCAGUCGAGCCGACUUUAUUGCGUCCCAUUCUGCUCGUUUUGGAUGGACUUGAGCACGGAUCAUGGUUCAAUCUUAUCGCCAAUAGCAGUGACAUUCUAGUCAGCGAUAUCGAUAUCGCAGUCAAGAGUGAGAACCAGAAUCCUGCCAAGAAUGGUGACGGGUGGGACACGUUCCGAAGCGACUCAAUCGUUAUUCAAGAUUCCUACGUGAAUAACAGCGAUGACUGUGUUUCUUUCAAGCCCAACAGUACCAACAUCAUCGUGCAGGGCAUGCAAUGCAACGGCUCCCAUGGAAUCUCAGUUGGUUCUUUGGGCCAGUAUCCGGCAGAAUACGAUAUCGUCGAGAAUAUCUAUGUCUACAACAUCUCAAUGUCCAACGCUAGCGAUGGAGCUCGUAUCAAGGUGUGGCCAGGCACUGAUACUCCCUUUGAGCCGGGUCUCUCUGGAGGCGGAGGAGCCGGGUACGUCAAAAACGUCACUUAUGACACCUUCUACAACAACAACAACGACUGGGCUAUCGAGAUCAACCAAUGCUAUGGCCAGAGUAACCAGACUAUCUGCGACAAAUAUCCUUCAAAUAUGACGAUCAGUGACGUCGUAUUCAAGAACAUGUGGGGGACGACUUCGAAAAAGUAUGAUCCUGAAGUCGGGACUCUGACAUGCUCAUCCACAGAUAAAUGCGUCAAUAUCGCUGCCUAUAACAUUUCGGUGGCUAACCCGAGUGGCACAACUCCUCUGUGGAUUUGCACCAACAUGAACGAGAGCCUGUUGGAUAUAGAUUGUGUUCCAGCCGCCUCAUAA